CGGCAGCAGCAAGCAGCGGCGACAAAUCGGAGAACAAACAUGGUUCACGUUGCGUUUUACCGAAACUAUGGCAAAACUUUCAAGAAGCCCCGUCGUCCAUACGAGAAGGAGCGUUUGGAUGCUGAGUUGAAGCUCGUCGGAGAGUAUGGUCUUCGCUGUAAGAGAGAGCUGUGGAGGGUUCAAUACGCUCUUAGCCGUAUCCGUAACAAUGCUAGAACACUUUUGACACUGGAUGAAAAGAACCCUCGUCGGAUCUUCGAGGGUGAAGCUCUUUUGAGGAGGAUGUUUAAGCAUGGCUUGCUUGAUGAAACUCAGAACAAGCUCGAUUAUGUCUUGGCUCUCACUGUUGAGAAUUUUCUCGAGUGUCGUCUUCAGACUCUUUGUGUUUAAAUCUGGCAUGGCUAAGGGGUGUAUUGGAUUGAGAUUUUAAAAGACUGUUUUGAUAAAAAAAAUCUUAAAGAUUUUAAAAGACUUUGUUUGUAUUGAUUUUAU